UUCAUCUUCAUAGCCAAGGCCAAGCUCAUCAAAGACCAAUUCCUUUCAUUAAUGGAUGUCUUAAUUUUCUUCCUGCUAACCUGUGUAUCACUUCCAUUGGCCACACCAGAUCCCAACGACGAGACUUGUUUAACUCAGUUAAGCCAAACUUUGAAAGACCCUUUAAACAACCUGCGAAACGGGACCAAAUCCACCUUCGCAAACCCUUGCAGCGGUUUCACUUCUUAUCUCCCUGGUGCCACUUGUAACAACGGUCGAAUCUACAAGCUUUCCCUUACCAGCCUCUCCCUCCAAGGUUCCAUCUCGCCUUUUCUCUCCAAUUGUACCAAUCUUCAGUCGCUUGACUUGUCUUCAAACUCUAUAUCAGGCCCCAUCCCUCAAGAUUUACAAUACCUGGUCAACCUGGCCGUCUUAAACCUUUCAUCAAAUCGUUUACAAGGAGAGAUCCCUCAGCAGCUUACGUUGUGUGCUUAUUUAAACGUCAUUGAUCUUCACGAAAAUUUGCUUACGGGUCAGAUCCCUCAAGAAUUAGGCCUUCUGGCACGCUUGUCAGCUUUUGAUGUCUCUAACAACAGGCUUUCAGGGCCGAUACCAGCUUCCUUAGGGAACAGAAGUGGGAACUUGCCGAGGUUCAAUUCUACUUCUUUUCAAGGAAACAAGGGUCUUUAUGGGUACCCUUUACCACCUAUGAAAAGCAAAGGCUUGUCUGUUUUGGCCAUUGUUGGAAUCGGAUUGGGAAGUGGACUUGCUAGUUUGGUGCUUAGCUUUACUGGGGUUUGUAUUUGGUUAAAAAUUACAGAGGAAAAGACGGCAGAUGAAGAAGGCAAGAUGAGUCAGUUCAUGCCUGAUUAUUAAAAACUUCCAUAUUUGAUUUAACACGCCAUUGAAGAUUGCUGAGCUAAUAUUGAAAGAUUGAUAAUCCCAGGUAUGUUAUAAUUCUUCUUCCUUUCUCAAUUUCGGUGAGGAUUUUGGGCUAAUCACUUUUGACGAGUUUUUUUGGGGGAGAGAUUCUUUUUUUUUUUUUGUUAGUUUUCUUCUUUUGGGAGAUUUUCUGUGGUAUUUGAUUUUCAUUAACGUGUAUGGAGUAAUUCAAGCAUGGGCCUGUUCGUUUUCAAA